AUGACCCAGACCAGGUUCUCGUCUUUGCGUGCCAAUUUGGUCCAAGGAAGACUCCUACUCCCAGGAGACGAAGGAUAUGAUGAAAGUCUCAAAAGAUGGAGUAUCACUUGUGUCAAGCCCGCUGCUGCUGUAGCUCAACCUAGGACUGCUGAGGAAGCCAGUGCCGUGGUCAAGUUUGCAACUUCGAACGGAAUCAAGUUCAACGUCAAAGGAGGCGGCCACAGCACCUCGCAGACAUCCUGUGCUCCAUCGCCUGAGGGUAUGGUCCUGGACCUGUCUCUUAUGCGUGAUGUCUCAGUAGACGCUGACGCACAAACUAUCACUUUUGGAGGGGGUUGUUUGUGGAGAGAUGUCGACGAAGCGCUUUGGGCUAAAGGCCUGGCUACUGUAGGAGGAACUGUCUCUCAUACAGGCGUUGGUGGUCUCAUCCUACACGGAGGCUAUGGAGUCCUGAGUGGAAAGCAAGGGCUGGCCAUUGAUAACUUGAUUUCGUGCCAGGUUGUUUUGGCAGAUGGAAGUAUCGUGACCGCCUCUGCCACGGAAAACUCAGAUCUCUUUUGGGCACUCAGGGGUGCCGGUAGCAGCUUUGGUGUUGUAACCCAGUUCACCAGCAAAGCGCACCCACAAAGUGACAUUUGGGGCGGCAUGGCUUUCUUUUCGAUAGAGAAACUCCCAGCUAUCGUCGAAUUCAUGAACACGUGGGGGGCUACCAAUGAUGGCAAGCAGCUCUUCGUUGCCGCCUUCACACGUGCUCCUCCGGGACCAGAUCCCGAUGCACCUAGACCCCCUGUGAUCGUUACACGAAUGGCUUAUCUUGGAGAGAAUCCAGGCGAAGAGGGUCCCAAAUAUUUUUCUCCUGUCUUGGAAAUAGGCGCGAUGAUGCAGCAUGUCGGGCCUAUGCCUUAUCCUGCAAUCAAUCAAGGCUAUGAUGAUCAACUCAAGUCUGGAGGCCGAUAUCUGUUCGGUGGCUCCAACUUCACUCUUCCUAUGAAGUUGUCAACCGCCGAGGCAAUCAAUAAGCGCUUUGAAGAGUUCACUGAGGCCACUCCAGGAACGAAAAGUUCAGUGGUCUUACUCGAAUGCAUCCCGUACCAAAAGAUCAAGGAAGUUCCUGUCGAGUCAACAGCUUUCAACUCUCGAGGUCAGUACUUCAAUAUAGGUGUCGUCUACACAUGGGAAGACGAGAGCCUGGACACUGAGAUCCGAAUGUUCAAUCGAUCUUUUCAAAAUGAAGUUCGCGAGCUGGGAUACAACGACAAAUCCUACAAGGACGGUAUUGGCCAUUACCUCAACUAUGUCGAAACCGAUGAUAUCUCGGCUGAGGAAGCAUUCGGAUCUCAUUCAAAGCGUCUGAGGUCUCUGAAGAAGAAAUAUGACCCAGACAACGUUUUUGACAAGCUUUGGAAGUUGGUCGGUCAGGUUGAGGACAAUUGGCUUCCUUCACUUUCAAGAGUUCGCAUGAUCGCUUUGAGCAAGAUCGUGCCUUCCAGAUUCAUCACCAAUACCAGAAUAAAACGACUCGUACUUCCUGCGCCUUCAUUUUCAUUACUUCUUGGACACAAGCACCCUCUCACCGUGUACAGUCGGCUCAACAGUAUGGCGUCAAAUAUCGUCUCUGCCGACAAGAUUAGCCUCGAGGAGUUCAAUCGACGGCUUGCUGAAUAUGAGUCUUUAAUUCAAAGAGUAUCUGACGAAAAAGGCGCCAAGGGUGGCCAAAAGACACUGCUAGAACUCGAUGAGUAUCGAUAUCGCGAAGCAUUGGAAAAGUUCAACACUGAAUCUAGAGCGCAACCAAUGACGCUCGACGGUAUCAAGAUCCUUGUGGAGUGGAAGCUGCGACAUGGAAAGUUCAGGCCGACACUUAUGAAACUGGUCUCAUCCAAUGACCCAAGUGAUGCCCAGGAUGUCGUCAAGCAAGCCGUUGAGAUGUACGACAAGACUGCAGACAUUGGAGCCGCUGUGAAGGUAUUAACUAAGCUUCGAGGCAUUGGACCCGCCACAGCAUCGUUACUCCUAGCUGUCCACGAUGCGAGUCGGGUCAUCUUCUUCUCCGACGAGGCUUUCUGGUGGUUAUGUUGUGACAGCAAGCAGAGCCCUAUCAAGUACGAUGCUAAAGAGUACAGUGCGAUGUGCUCCAAGUUUGAGAAACUGUGUGAUAGACUUGGUGUGGUCAAAGCGAGUGACGCGGAAAAGGUUGCCUAUGUCUUGAUGAAGCAACCGGACCAACCGGAACAAUCACAUGGAGCGGCACCUGUCAAGAAAGAGAAAGAGGAUACAUCAACGAAGCCAGCAAAGAAAAGAAAACCCGAUGUGAAGGAGACCAAGAAAGCCGACAAUGUCACUCAAGAGCAGCCUUCGCUACGUCGGUCAAAACGACACAAAUCUUAG